CUCCAAUGGCGCGUGGGGAAGGUGGAAAACUCCAUAAAUAUCAUGCGUGUGGAAGGCAGACGACGUCAGAUACUCGGAUAGCUUUUCGUUCCUAAUACAAUGGCUUUCACGGAGCAACAAGAGGUUUUGGUGAAGGAAUCAUGGGAGGUUAUGAAACUCAACAUCCCCGAUCUCAGCCUUCGCUUUUUCACUACGAUAUUAGAGAUCGCACCGGCAGCGAAAGGCAUGUUUUCUUUCCUGAAAGAUUCAGAUGAGGUUCCCCAGAAUAAUCCCAAGCUCAAGGCUCAUGCUGUCAAGGUUUUCAAGAUGACAUGUGAGUCAGCUGUCCAACUUCGGGAGAAGGGUGAGGUGUUAGUGGCUGAAAAUACUCUGAAGAAUUUGGGAUCCGUUCAUGUGAAGAAGGGUGUCAUAGAUGCCCACUUUGAGGUGGUGAAGGAAGCCCUACUGAGGACGAUUCAGGCGGCAUUGGGGGAAAAGUGGAGCGACGAGAUGGGUGGGGCAUGGGGCGAAGCGUAUGAUCAGUUGGCUGCAGCCAUUAAAGCUGAGAUGAAAAAAGACGAGGCAUCGUGAUUUUAUUUUCCUUAUUCCAAGUUAUCAUAAUUGCUACCGGCUGAAACCGAUGGGACUGAUGGGACAGAAUGUCUGUAUUUCUCUUGUUUCUAUUAUUACGUUGAAUAAACAACUUUUGUUGUUGUAUUAAGUUAAUAUUUUUUUAGUAUUACUUAUCUUACGUUAUCAUAGGGUAGGAAGCGGUCAAUGCUCUCUCAAGAGUCAAAUUGCCCCUCACUUCUUAGUGACGUUUUCAUCCAUGUGAAUGUUUGGAAGAGGGUGUAGUAUUGACUUAAAAUAAUGAUACGGUUCACUUGGAGC